GUUGCAGUUUCAGAUAUGUACGUACGAAAAUUUACAGAAAAUGGAGGGUUGUCCGAGGUCUUUAAUGUUAAAACUUGAACUAAAAGAAUCACACGUAACUUCUUUUGCCCCUGCUUUGAAACGAGUAAGUAUAAAACAACUUAAGCUAAAUAUGUGUACUUAAAAUGGCCCUGUUUGUGGGGCCUUUCAACAUAUAUGAACGAUUUUCUUGACUGUUUUUAACAGUAUGUACGUGAGUUUUAUCACGAAGAUGGGGAAACAUAUACUCAAGAAUGCACUCAACUUGAACAGCUUAGAACGGUAAUUAUUAUUUAUAAACUAUUUUGAAAUAUCUUGUUAUGUUCUGCUGUUUGAAACUGAUAAGAAAUUAUGUAAACUCGAAUGACAUAGUUUUGUAUUUUCUUGUUUUGUUUAUGGAAACAUAUUAACAUCUCUGUAUGGCUAUGUGUUUAGUCGAAGUUUAAAGUUUAAUCGAGUGAAUAAUAGUAAAAAUACUUCAAUUAAUCUAUGUUAUAGUACCUUUUUCAUAACUCAUUUAUAAUGUUCAGUGUUCCAACUUUGAUUGAAAUGAUUAAAUAUCUAUAUCUGCCUUGGAAAUAGUUUAUCAAUAUAAUUGUAUGAAAUAUGAAGAUAAUUGACAAAUUUUGACAGCACGAAUGUGUAUUGUAAACAACAAAACGUUAUGUUAUUCUAAUAAGAUUUUUGUGACUAUUGCUCUCAUUGUGUCGUUUGAUUGAUUGCUUGCUUGAUUGAUUGUUUUGGACCUUACUAUGUCAUACUCAGAAGCACAUCACAACUGGUAAACAUGUCCCAUUCGGCAGUUGUUGUCAUAUAUACUGAAUAUUUUAAUUUUUUGGCUAUAUCUACUGUAUAUAUAUUUUAAUUAGUUGAAUAUAUUUGCCGAGUAUUCUGUCCUGAGCAGUGAGGGCAAUAAGACUUAUAAUAGCUUGGCAGGUUGAUUGUCUGAUUUUAAAACAUAUACAUACUAUUUAACAAAUUGUAAGUGAUACGGUAAAUCGUCUUUGUUUAUCUGUUAGACACAGAGUAUUCUUAUUCUUUUGUUAUAAUAACGAUCAUAGGCAUUAGUUAAGCUAUUAAUAUCAAAAUAUACUGGCCAUGGCUUAAACUUUGAAAGUAAUAUUGGGUCAUUCCAGAAAACAUCCAUACCACCCCCACAGAGGAAAUAGGAAGUUAACCCCCCUACCCCCUUCGGAUGUCCUAAUACAUUUACUAUUAUCAGAAACAUUUUUUUCUCCCCUCUCCCUCCGGACGGCAGACAUUUCCUCCGUGGGGGGGUUGUCUGGAGCGACCCAUUCGAAACAUUAGUUCAGGGCUCGAAAUAACCGGCCGAUCAACGAUCAAUGAUCGGCAGGAAAUUGUUUUUGAUCGGUGAAGAAUCAACGUUGCCGUUCACCUUCGAUCGGCAAGAAAUAUAUUUGAGCAUUGUCUGAAAGACAUGCUUACCUGUACACGGUAAAAGACAAAUAAAAGUAAUAUAAAACACAUUUAAAAACACGCGAAAAGCUCUUGUAUAGUUGAUACGAGUCAUACGACAGGAAAGGCAGCAAUACUAUUCUCGCUCUAAAGUAAUUAAUUUACUUUUAUUAAAACAAAUUUACACGAAAUAUUGUCGUCUUUUCAACAGUACAGUCUGCAAUCCGAACCGCUGACGACGAACGUAUCUUUGUAUAAUAAUUUCAAAUUGAUAGGAUUUUUUGAGUAGGAUUUUUUAUUUUUAGUAGGAUUUUCUCUUUUAAUAUAAAAUAAUAAGUUUUAGUUCUUAAUUGAUAAUGCUGCUGUGUUUCUUGCUUUUGUGUGAAAAAAUGCAAUGGUAUAAUUAAAACUGUGUGUUAAACUAAAGUGUUAUAAUAAAAUAAAGUUUAUUAAGCACUAGUUAAAUAUAGUUACACUAUUAGUAGUGAAUAUAUAAGUCCACAAAUGUCAUAGAUUUAAACUUCAAUUUGAAAUAAAGUUAAACUUCAAAUGUGUAUUCAAUGCCCACGGCAUAUUUAGAAUUUUUUGAAGGAAAUGAGGGUAAAUGCUCCUGAUCGGCCACAUUUUUAUUUGAUCGGCAAAAAGUCCUCAUUGCCGAUCACCAUGAUCGGGAACGUUGCGAAGCUGUUUUCCGACCCCUAGGUUCUAUAAAGUUGUACCUUAAAGCUAAUUCAUAUUAUUUCUGAUGUGAAGAAAAUAUAUUUGUGACCAGCACUAUCCCAGUUUAUAGCAUGCUGACUAGCCUAGAGCGAUUCAUAUAACUGAAACUGAAGUGAGAUACACAAAAACAUUUAAAAAAAAGUUUUAAAAAAGUUUAAAAAGUUAGAUUUUCAAAAAAGUUAAAAUUUUUUAAAAAGUUAGGGUUAGUGGUUAGGGGAUAGUGGUUAGGGUUGGGAUUAGGGUUAGUGUUAGGGGUGAAUUAUGAUAAAUCCAAAAUGUGCUGCAAAUUUAUCAUAAUGAUAAAUUUGGAUGUGUUUAAGAAUUUACUCGUAUAGUCCAUUCCAAAGUGGAGCUCAUGCUGUUGAAAAACAGUGUAGUUGUGACAUAGUUAUCGAAAGAGUGUAUUGGCUAUUACAUUGCAAAUUUUCAAUUUGUAAUUGCUAUAAAAAUAAUUGUGUUUAUUUUUAUUAUUUAUAUUUUCCUACAGGCUGUGAUUAAACCAACUUAUGACAAUUCAGGAUGCAAUUUGUUACGGCGAUAUUAUGGACAGAUUUAUUUACUCAAAACACGAUUUGCUAUGGGUGAAGGAUCACCUGCCAGUGUUGAGUUUACUUGGUUGGUUGUACAUACAUUUAAUGAUAAAUAUAUCAAGUUUAUCUAG